AUGUCGCUCAACGUCAAUCUCUCCUCGGCGGCCAUCCGCGACGCUUACGAAAAGGUGCUCGACGGCGCCAAGGACUACCUCGUGCUCACCUACGAAAAGGCCUCGAACGAUCUUCGCGUCCAAGUGGUCGAGAAUGGCGACCUUGACGAUCUCAACGAAGAGUUCUCGGAUGGCCGAAUCCAGUACGCCUUCACUCGAGUCAAUGAUGCCAACACGCAGCUGCCCAAGUUUGCGCUCAUCAACUGGUGCGGUGAAGGUGUGCCCGAAAACCGCAAGGGUCUGUUUGCGACCCACUCGUCGGCCGUGGCUCAGUACCUGAAAGCGUACCACGUCAGCAUCAAUGCGAGAUCGGAAGGCGAUGUGGAUCCCAAGCUGAUCAUGCGCAGGAUCGCAGAGUCGUCCGGCGCCAACUACUCGGCGGCUGGCAAGGCGGCUAACACGCACUCGGGUGGUCCCAUCGGAUCCGUCGGUACGAGCUACAAGCCGAUUGGGACGCCUGACAUUCGAGGCAUGCAGAAGACGGCGCCGAAGGACACCAUUGCUCCAGUUGGAUCCAACUAUGCUCCCAAGAAAGACGAGCUGCAGCAGAUUCGUUCGGGUUCCGCACCAGCACCGCAGAUGCCUAGCGCCCCUCGUGUCAGCGCCCCGGCCUUCGACUCUGCACCGAAGCCCGCGGCUCCUGCUGCGCCUGCUGCUCCAUCGACACCAGCCGCACCGACUCCCAAGCCCGCCCCUAAGCCUGCAUCGAUCCCGCCCGCUCCUCGUCCAGAAGCGUCGUCGGCCCCACCGAAGCCAGCCGAAGACGACCGUAUCCAGCCCGUCGGCACUGCCUAUCAGCCGGUCAGCUUGGGCAAGCCAGGCAAGCUCAACAUGGCCAACCGCUUUCCCUUCGGCGGUCAGCAGGAGGACGCUUCUUCGACUUCGACGCCUGCUCCUCGUGUCGCCUCGGGUGGUACACCAGGGAAGCUCACAUGGAGCCAGCGACAGGCAGCUGCGCAGAAAGAGCGCGAAGAUGAGGAGGCACGUGUCAAGCAGCUUUCUUCUGGAAUGCGCACGACUAGCUUUGGCACUGGUGGAGCGGGUGCAGGCGCUGCUGCCGCCCCUAAGGCUCCUAGUGCUCCUGCUGCUCCGGUCGCCCCGGCUGCUCCAGCUGCUCCGCCCGCACCACCUGCGCCACCUGCACCUCCAGCAGCACCUGUGCAAGAAGAGGAAGACGAAGUGCCGGCCCCUCCGCCUGCGCCUCCAGCGCCUCCCGCUCCCCCCGUCGAAGAAGCUACUCAGCAGCUCGAGUCGACCCACAUCUCCGAUGCCGGUGCUGCGAAAGAAGCUGGCGGCAGCGGUGGCCUUCGAGGACGCGUCGAAUGGGCCUACGAGGCUGCCGAAGACAACGAGCUUACACUUGUCGAAGGCGCUGUCAUCUCAAACAUCGAACAGAUUGACGAGGGUUGGUGGUCUGGUGAGGACGAACAUGGUCAUGUAGGGCUCUUCCCAUCAGCCUAUGUGGCCAUCAUCGAGGAGGAUGGCGAGCAGGAAGCAGCAGCGCCUCCUCCAGCACCUCCAGCACCACCCGCACCACCCGCCGCUGUCGAGCCAGAGGAAGAAAACGAGAUCCCACCUCCUCCACCUUCCCCUCCUGCUCCGCCUGCAGCGGUCGCCGAGGAGCAAGAAGCACCUGCACCGCCCCCUCCUCCUCCCGCUCCACCAGCUCCUGCCACUUCAAGCGACCGCGGUCUUGUCUGCAUAGCCCUGUAUGACUUCGAGGCCUCGGAGGACAACGAGCUGUCGUUUGUCGAGGGUGACACCAUCAUCAACGUCGAUGACCAGAUCAGCGACGACUGGUGGAGCGGAACCAACGAGCGUACAGGCGCUACCGGGUUAUGGCCUUCGAACUAUUGUGAGCGAGCUUGA